AACUUUAAUUUUUUUUGAACUCGUCCCCGAAACAAACUAAGGGGAAAGCAAGGGAGAAAGGGCAGAGUAGACCAACCAAAGUGAUCCAAGCCAAGACUAUUCGAUACGUGCCUCACCUAAAAACCAUGCCGGCAUCGCGGGAGGAAAUAACGACGGAUAUCGCUGCGAGGCAGUCCUUCAGCCUCCUCCAGUCGCGGAAAUUUCUCGCGGCCGGUUCCAGGGGCGAGAACGAUACCUCUGUUGGCACCGAACGGAGCGUCCUCCGCAGCGCAACCAAGCUCUGUCCCUCGAUGGAUCUGAUUCUCGUCAAAUCCGCAAACUCGUCCUCAUCGUCGCUGUCGCCAUCCCUGGUGAUUUACCGAAGCCUCUCCUGGCAAAAGGUGGCCGACGUCGUUCUGCCGGAAUCGUCGCUCGGAGCGAGCGCCGAGGCGGUUGGCGGCGGGAGCAACCCCGGCGGCAGCGACAAAGGCUCCUUGUCGUAUUGCUGGAGUCCCAAUGGGCAGUGCAUAGCCGUCGCACAAGACUCCAGUGUUUCUCUCUACCGGGUCGAGAGCCUCGUGACGGCCUCGGGGGCGGGCGGUGGUGGCGGGACGGCGAGCGGAAGCAGCAGCGCAACGUGGACCAUAAGCCUGGAGGAACGGCAGCGUGAAUUCCCAGCGAGUGGUAGCAACAACGACGACAGCGACAACACCAAUAACGCAACUAGCAGCGACCGCGAAUCGACACGUGUGCUUGCCUUGCACUGGGUGCAUGUUGGAAAACACAAUCCUACAGCUUCUUCUCCUACGCCAGUGGAAGAAGAGCGGGAAGUUUCUUGGAGGUGAGCUUUGCGCACCGUUGGAAAGAGAAUGGCGUCUUUUUUCAAGAGUUUCUCACGUUGCGUUGGUGAUAUCGUGUACCGCAUGAUCCAACUUUGUUCCGUUAACAUUGUUCUAAUCCAUGCAUGCUUUACCGUCAUUUCUGGUAUCGCUAUUUUUUCGUUCCUGCUCUUGCAAUGCUUCCGUAUUGCCACUUCUGCUACGGCCACUGCAACAAACAAAUGAAAUUCCUGAUUUAUUGCACUGGAUAAUCAGGUACCAAUCCCAUUACAUCGAUCAAUCUACCAAAUUUUUGCCUCCUAGCGCUUACUAUUCCAGCGAUGGAGCAGGAGAGGCUGGAGCAGCGGGCACAUCGGGCGAUGCCGAGUCGUCUUCUUUGACACAGGGUUCAUUACCAGAAUGCCGAACACCCCUGAGCGUCCUGUGUAUCUCGACAAGCGACAUGAAACACCGGUUGUACCUACACGGGAGAUAUCUGCUCUUGACCCUUCCGAAGUCCAACAACGGCAUCCUCGACGCCAAGGCUAUUUCUUCCUCGGGAGCGGGCUCGGUAGAGUCACCGAUGGUAGUGGCAAGCAACGACCUGGGCUACUGGCUUACCACCACACCGAGUAUUCCGGAUUCAACGGGGGCGGCCGCCAGCAACAACUUCUUGACCCUUUAUCACACUCCCUUUCUGAAGCGGGAUAGGUACGCCCUGCAACAAAUCGCGACGCUCCACACAUCCAUCACGGCUCAUCUCCGGACGAUUCAGCGAUCGGUACCCAUUGUCGCAGACAGCUGGAGGACGAGUCUCAGACCGCUCGAUCAGAAACUCAAGCCCUUGAUUGGGCUUCUGAGCAAUUACGGAGUGGAAGUUGAUCUGGAAGCGAAACACAGCGACGCGACUGCGACAAGAACGACCCUGGCGGCCGUCAUGAAGGAAUACAUCAUGAUGGGCCACGUGACCCAUUCUUCUUCUGUUGCCAACGCCAUGGAUCAGUUCUUCACCGGUGUACAGCAGAACGAUCAGCUCGUUCAGCGAAUGGAGCGAACGCUCUUGGCUUCCAUGGCCAACGUGGAAUCGACCGCCAUCCGGUGCUUGUUGCGUCCUACGCAAGCCCUCGGAUGGCAGAUCCAAGAACUCGGCGGCCUCGUGCAGUUUUUCGAUAAUGCUUCUUGCGACGAUAACAACGACGACAGUGACGAUGAUAGCGAUGCAAGCAUGAACGCUACCGAACCAAAACGCAGCCCGAACAAGCGCCAAAUGGUCCAUGAGUUGGUGGAAGCCAUUGAAAAGUUGUGGAUAGGCGUCGAGAAUGUCAUGACCUCCAUCGUGGCGGGACGGAUGCUGGUGCGGGACUUUUGUGGAUGGUUGCGACACGCUGGUUCCCAGGUCAAGGCGAGGGGCACCGCACCGAAUUCGGUACAGAGAGAAAACGCCAAGAAACGCCGAAUCUCCCAGGCCGUCCUCGAGCGGCUUGUGACCAUACUCAACGAAAGCAGUCGGAAUGAGGUGUUGAGAGGAAAGAACGAUUCCCACCAAAAAGGUUUGGCGGAGUCCAUAUUGAAGCUUGAAGUAAGCGUAAGUAACAGUUGUUUGCAUUGCAAUUGCAACGCCAAGACCUCAAUUUUGAUGCAGCUCUAACACAAGGUACCGCAAAUAACACAUUUGUUUUUGUUUUCUCUGUCAACGGCACUACCGCAACGUGGAAACAAUAGGCAAUGCUGAAAGGGACGUUCGAAAGUGUUUCGGCUCCUCGCCCGGAAAGUCCGUCUUCGGUGAGAGAAAUUUUGCAUCGUGCCCCAAACGUAUGCCAGU